UUCUCCACUUCUGCAGCAAGACCCUCCGCAAUGGCAUUCAACUUUGGUCACUUUCUCAUCGCCGGUGUUUUGGCAUUGUCCGCAGUGUCCGCCGAGACCAUCCAGCUGCAGCCCACGCAGGGAAUCCUAAUCCCAGCUCCUCUGGCUGAGAACAUUCGUGUGUCGCGCGGUGCCUACGGCGGAUAUGGAGCUCCAGCUGCAUCGGCUCCAGCUUCCUCCUCCUACUCGGCUCCAGCUGCCCAGUCCUACUCGGCUCCAGCUGCCCAGUCCUACUCGGCUCCAGCUGUCCAGUCCUACUCUGCUCCAGCUGCCCAGUCCUACUCUGCUCCAGCUGCCCAGUCCUACUCUGCUCCUGCCGGUCCCUCAUACUCAGCUCCAGCCGCACCCACCUACUCAGCCCCGGCAACCAUUCCAUCGCCGCCGUGCCCAAAGAACUAUUUAUUCAGCUGCCAGCCGUCUCUGCAGCCCGUGCCCUGCAAUUCUCCAUCCCCCAGCUACGGAUCCGCCGGAGCCUACUCGCAAUAUGUGCCCCACUACGCUGUUCCCUUCGUCCGAGAACUGUAAUAAGCGAACCGAAUCUGACUGGACACUUUAAUCCACAUAUGAAUAAAGUAAAGCCUUAAAAUAUA